AUUAAAAAAGUUAUUUAAAUAGUUUCUUAAUAAGUGUAAUUUGGAAAUUUUGCACACAUAUUAAAAAAAUUAUCUUUUUUUCUUGAGCAAAUUAAAAAAAUUAUCUAAAAACUCUAUUUUACGUUUUGUUCACCCACUAAAUAAUUUUUUGUUUCUCAUUAAAAUAUUAAAAUAAUAGAGAUAAAACUGAACUUUUAUUUGAAAUUUUUUUAUUAGAAAUACAAAACAACAUUUUUUAUGAAACAAAAAUAAAAUUUUAAGACAAAGUGUCUCAUUGACCCUUCUCUGCUUCUUCCACAGAUCGAUUUGACUUUAAUAAACCAGAAUCGACGUCGUUUUCCAGAUGGCGUCGGCGUCGAACGGCCGGUUCUUCACAAUCGGCCUCGUGGCGUCGUGGUACUCGUCCAACAUCGGAGUCCUGCUCCUGAACAAGUACCUGCUGAGCAGCUACGGGUUCAAGUACCCGAUCCUCCUCACCAUGUGCCACAUGACCGCGUGCUCCCUCCUCAGCUACCUCGCCAUCGCGUGGAUGAGGAUGGUCCCUAUGCAGACGGUUUAAAAAUGGUGAACCAAGUUUCCACUUGUUUGGAUUCAUUAUGUGCGUUGCAGCCACAGCUGCGAGAGCGCUUAAAUCAGUUCUUCAAGGGAUUUUGCUAUCUUCUGAAGGGGAGAAGCUAAACUCCAUGAAUCUCCUCCUUUACAUGGCUCCCAUUGCUGUUGUGUUCCUUCUUUCUGCUACACUCAUCAUGGAGAAGAACGUUGUUGGCAUUACAAUCGCACUAGCUAGAGACGAUUUUAGAAUCGUUUGGUAUUUGCUUUUCAAUUCUGCUCUCGCUUAUUUCGUGAACUUGACUAAUUUAUUAGUCACUAAACACACAAGCGCUCUGACUCUGCAGGUGCUAGGAAACGCCAAAGGUGCAGUAGCAGUGGUGGUUUCGAUUCUAAUAUUCAAGAAUCCUGUCUCAAUGACUGGAAUGUUGGGCUACUCGCUCACGGUCUGCGGAGUUAUCCUAUAUAGCGAAGCCAAGAAACGAAGCAAAUGAAAACAGAACCUUCGUUUUAUUUGUUAGGUCCCUCAGGUAAACAACACAAGGCAAGUUUCUUUUGCUGUGAACAAAAAACCCUUACACAGCAUCUUUAGUCCAUUUAACAACACCAAAGGAUCAGAGUUACCUAAAGCAAUCAUUUACAGGACUUCUCAAAUAAGUUUUUUUUUGUUUACUGAUCUUCUACAGCUUUUGUCUUAGGUUGUACCUAAGAGUAACUUCGUUUUAGUCUUUUUUGUCGAUUCUUUACAUCUAGUUUUGUAAUAUUAACAUUGAUUAAUUAAUGGAAAAGACAAAAGCCUUUUUCUUCCA